UCCCGCCCCGGUGCCGCCGGCGGAGGCAGCGCGGAUCGGCCCAGCAUGGAGGGGACGCGGCGCGCCCUGCUCCGCCUCGCCGCCGCCUGCUGCCUGCUCUGCGCCCUGCCAGGUGAGGGACAGAAGACAACAGAGACUGCGGUGCUGUCACCUCUUCUUAACACCGUGCCAACCUCUCAUCAGCUCAGGGAAGCCUCUGACCUCAGUCCAGACACUACUGCUGUUCCAGAGACAAGUUUGGAGAUAAACGUGACUGCUGCAGCACUCAAUGCCACUGGAGGUCACCCUACAGAGGUGGAGGAUGUCUUCAUUUCUGCCACCCCUGUGGUUGGCACCAAGACAGAGACACUGCAGGCUUCCACUGCUGCCAGCCCCACAGGCAUCACAGUCAUACAACAUGAGCACCAUAAUACGAGCUUGUCAGCUAACAGCACUGAAAUCCCCUCCUCUGCCUCAACAGUGAGUACUCUGGAAAAAAACCCGCCUGACCACGAAGUCACAGAGCCCUUCAGUGCAACCAAAGAAAUGGACGAUGCCAGCAGUGCCACGCCAACACCUCCUCUGAACAGCGUGCCUGCAACAACUAACAGAUCUCAGCUGGAGCCGACUGACGGGCAGACCACUGGGCCCACAGCAGCAAGAGCUGAAACCAGGCCAGGAACGAGCCCUGCAGUGGCCACAGAGGUGGAGCCCUCUGCUCCCAUUUCCACUGUAGGGAGCACAUCCCCUGCCAGCACCUCCAGUACUGUUAUGAUGAGACUCCCUGUGACCAGCUCUCCUGCUGCCAGCACAGCCGCCAUCCCCACCAGCACAUCUGCAGUGGGGCAGCAAUUGGAGCCCAUGCAUGAGAAAGCUUCUGUGUUGGAUGUUGGUGAUGAUGAAAAUCCAGAGCUCCCAAGUUCUCCUGCAGUGAGGGCUGACCCCUUGGUAAUCGCAGUGAUCUCUGUCUUCAUUAUCAUGGUGGGCAUCCUGGGCUUGGUGGGCUUCCUGAGAUACCGCCAGCACAACAGCAGCAUGGAGUUCCGACGCCUGCAGGACCUGCCCAUGGAUGACAUGAUGGAGGAUACCCCCCUCUCACUCUACAGCUACUAGGCAGCCAGGCUGCCUCUGCUUGGUGGGCUGAACUUCCCAGAAGGAGAAAGCCUUUGAGGCCUUGGUCCCAGACAAUCUGCUGACAAAUGAGGGGGCUCUGUCUUGCACACAACUGAAAGAUUGUUUUCAGAUGGCUUUUGGUUUUUAGAUAUUUUAAAUAGUUCAGUUUUGAAAUUUUUAUGCUGGAAAUCAGAGCCCAGGUCUGGCUUAUUUCUCUGGGCUCUCCUAGAAAAGAUAUCCCAAAGAGGUGCCUCCUCCUUUUAGCAUGGUGACCAGUUAGCAAAUUAUUUAACCAUUGUGUUCUGCAUGGAGCUCUUCUGUCCAUCUUGACAGCUGCUGCUUUCAGAGGGGAUGGACGAGUGAGCCAUGCAACAACUGUUACACUGGUGGAGUCAGCACAGGAGACUGCUGUUUUCUGAGGGAGCCGAGGAUGGGAGAUCCAUUCUCUUAUGCUCCCUCUUGUUCUGUGUUGUUGUUGUUGUUUGUUUGUUUGUUUUUUAAGUUUUGGUUUUUUUUCCUUGCACUUUUUUGUUGUCAUUGUUUUUGUUUCAGCUUUAGUCCUGGGCUUGGCACUGCCUAUCCUGAAACACCUACUGGGAUGAUGUCUGACUGCCCUGCUUCCUUCCUACAUGCACACCUUUCCUCAUUAAGGGAAAACAGUUAUGUGGCUACUCAAGAAGUACUGCUUAGAAAUUGCUGGAAGGACACCAGCAUGAUUUUAGCUCAACAGGGCUUGUCAGAACUCACUCAAUUGCUAUCCAGACUCACCACAAUUAGGAAACUGGGUCUGCCAUACUUGCUUCUUUCAGUGUAAGCUAUUGCCCAGGCUUUAAAAAUGCUUUAGUCUACAUUUAUGUCUGGAUUGACACAUCUUUCUCCAGAUACAUCCCAUUUUGCUGCUGGGAUCUGGUUUCUGAAAGCUGUUAUACAAAACUAGUACUGCACUGUCCCUCCUCUCAGCACAAGGUCAAAGCUCCUUUAUAACGUUGGUCUUUGAGCCAGUUAGUGUCCUGUCCUGAGGACAGAACCUGGUUGUAGUGCCUUCCUCCCUUCCCUUUCUAGGUGUUAGGUUGAUUAGAUUCUGCACUUUUGCCUCAAAAUAUCACUGGUGUAAACUGCAAGGCUUUAAGGUCCUGCAAGGAAACCCACAGACGAGAUCCUCUAAGCACAAGUCUCAGGAUUUUCAGGUGCCCUUGCUUCAGACAGACUGGUUAGUGCAUGGCAUGGAAGUCUUAAUGUCAUGAAUACUGGCUCCCAUUUUCUAAUUCACAUUUGAUUGCGGGUAAAGAGAAGCAUGUGCAUUCUCAAAAGCAUUGGAUUUCUGAUUAAGCUGAUCGUGCAGGACACAGCAAGGGCUAAAAGUUACAUACAGUUAUCUCCCACACUGCUCUUAGAAGCCUCUGUUUUUCCUCCUUCAGUAGCAAUGCUCACAGAGCCCACAGACAAUGGAUAACAAGACUCACUACCAAAAGUAUCUAUUUUUUUUUCCAGCGCUGUUACUAUUCUUUUUAGCAGGGAAAGGGGAAAUUCCCCUUCAAAUGAUUUACAAAGCCCAAAGAUGGAGCAGAAGUGGUCAAAUGGAUGAACCAAGUAAGGCAGCAGUUCCUUCUUCCGAAGGGCUGACAAGUGGCUGCCGUGCAGUUCGGGUUCAGCUGUUGGCUUUGGCCUUGUGUAUGUUUAUUGUAAGGGUGCCCAAUACAACGGGGAAGGACGGUUGGUUCUCUCCUCCUAUUAUUGCAUGAAAACUGAAGGGCAAUUGUCACAACUCCAAAGCUUUUGUAUCAAGCAUUGUCUGCACAGAGCAAUCUCCUUAGCUACAGGCUUGUUCCCCCGCCGCAGGGCAGGGUGCUACUGGAUUUCUGGCACAAAGAGAGGCAAGUUCGUGGUGGAAAAUAAGACUCCAUCCUGGCUGGAACUGGUGUAGGCUGGCAGAGCUUGAAAACCAUCUCUGCACCAAACAGAAAGGGCAGGGGCUUGCUGUUCUGGGUUCCCAUUUGCUGUCCAGGGGAAAGGGGUGAGGGAGGAAACCUGCCCGACACCAAAGUGCAACUGUCUUUGUAAGAUAUGUUAAUAGUGGAUUUUUUUUUCGCAAUAAAGUUACAAAUACCAAAGGUGUGCCCCACAUCCUCAUAUUUUGCUAUGGUUGAAUUAGAUGAGAUCUGUCUUAGAGAGCCACGUUAAUCUAAUGUACCUUCAGACUCUCCUUUGUUUCCAAUUGAAGCUGUCCUUAUUGCCAUCUAUUGUCAACUGAACCCUUUAUUUACUCUGAGAAAUGUCCUCAGAGCCAGUCUAAUCCAAGCCUAAGUAGCAUUAGCACUGGUUGGACUAGAUGAUGUUAGUGGUCUUUCCAACCUUACCAACCUUAACAAUUCUAUGAUCUGCCUUGCUUCUUUCUAUAUUAUAAACUGAAAAGCAAAUUGAAAUGAACACACUUGUUUAGAUUUACAGCUGAGGUGAGCCUGCCAGGUUUGGAGAUGGACCACAGACCAGUUGCAUGGGCUUCUUCUCUCUGCCCUUCCUCUCCUUCCCUCCCCUGGCUCAUGGUUUGAAGGGUGGAUAACAGUCCUGUUCUUACCACCCCUUAGAGCAGAGGGCAAGAAGUGUUGCACUGACUUGGAGCAAGAGUGCAGCAGCAAGGCAGGGAGGCACAGCAGUACAUUGCAGUACUGAAGGCUAUGAAAUGAUGCACAACCUGGGAAGCUUUCAGCCCAUGGCCAAGCAACAUUCUCCUUGUAUUUGAGGGAGAACAGAAAAUACCUACUGUCAUUUUCCAAAUACCGAGGAAGGCCGCAUGCCUCCACGCUAUUUAUACUCAAUUAUCUAUAACUAAAUUCAGUAAAAAUGCAGAUUUCUCAUGGGGGAAGAGAGAUGAGUUUUAAUAAGUGUGCCUCCUGAACCUCUGCCAGAGAUGUUCCCAUCCAACUGCUGCUCUGCUUUGCUGCAGAAUGAUAUCUUCAGUCCUCCCUUCCACUCCCCACAAAGCCAAAAGAAAUCAUAUGGUUUCUGAUCAUGAAACAGCCAAAUAUGUGGUCCUGCUCAUUUGUCACCAAGCAGUAAGCAAAGCUGGAAGACCAUGACCACUAACAUAAGAGCUCCUGUCAAUAUUAAGCUUCCUAAACUGUGGGUUUUUUUGCUUUAUUGGUAAUUCUCCAGAACUCUGCAAGAUAAUCAAAGUCUUCAAACUUCCCCAUACAACCAUAUUUGAAUGGUUAUACUUCUAUGCACAAAUGCUGUUUCCUCACAGAUCUGAGGAAACCAACCCUUCCCCAGAGCACAACUUGAGGACAGUGUCAGAAUGCAGAGCACCAUCACCAGCCAGAAUAGGACAUUUCCACUGCGGCUGGGGAUUGCAAACUACAUCCUCUGCCACAACAGAUCUUCUAACAUUAAUAAGCUUUUGUAAGCAAUCAUUAACUAUUAACACAAAGGAAACAUAGGAUGCCAGACGGUGUCAAACUUGAUACGUGCGUUUUGAAGACAAAGUGAUCAAUGCACUGAUCUGCAUGGCAGCCUGCACAGCCUUCUGCGUGCUUAUUCCCACUUCCUGCCUAAUAAAUACACUUGAAAGACGUCCUUAGCCCAGGUCUGCUCCUCAUGCACCAGCAGUUCAACAAUGGUUAGCCUCAGUUCCUCUGCAAUAAUUUUUCUUUUGAAAGACCCAUCAGCCAAAUAACUCCCUGAACCACAAAACCAGCAUGAUCUCGAUCAGACGAGCGGUGGUCACAGCUGCAAGAAAAUAAGCGUGUUUCUGUUCCUACUGUUCAGUUCCCUCUCUGUUUACAGGUGGGCCCAAUCCCCCACCCACAGUUCAAAUAAAGAAAGAGCAGAGUAAGUUACCACAGGUAUCCUCCCAACCAUAAAACAGGUCUCCCUGUGAUGAACUGCCCAGAAUUAAUACAUCCCUGCAGCAGAAGCCUUUUGCUAAGGCUCUUUGAACUAUAAUGGAACAUCUGUUGACAAUCUCCCGCAGGGGAACUUCUCCCCUCCCGUCUUAAUCCUCUCUCCUUCAGAAGUGCUUCUGCUCUGAAAUUAGACACACCAGUUGCCACAGAUUGACAUAGAAAGGCAUGGAAAGGUUUUCUUCACAUUGGUCUUUCCUGGGAGCUGCAAGAAGGAUGAGCAGUCACAGCCCUCUUUGGGAUACUCCUACAAACUGCUGUUGUGUCUGAAUUGCAGAAUUAUAGGUUCUGCUUGGAACAAGGCAAGGCUCAUGGUUUGUGGAGCAUGCCUUUCAGCUGGGCUUGGGGAUUCAUUUGAUUCUGACUCAGAAGAGUUUUACCAGAUACAACUGCGAAUGCUGGCUGUACCUUCUGGUCUUACGUGGGGACACGGGGAACAAGCCACUGGCCUCAUUUCUUCCAUUUCCUCAUUGAUAACCUUGGGGAAUGGAAACUAAUUUUCACUUUUUUUUUUUAAAGGAUCUCAAAGCUUUCAUGCAGAAGGCAGUUGGGCACAAGGCUGUUUGUGGCUGGCUAGCAGAAAGGAAACCUGUUUCCUUUUUAACAAGGGGCUGAGAGGCACUGGCACAAUGGCUCACUUUGUUCUGCUGCCCUACUUGGUGCCCACAGCGAGUGACAGAACUGUGUCCUGAUGUUCCAGCCACCCAAGCUGCCCCUGAUAUCCUCACCACGACCUGCUAACAGCUCCUCACAUACUCGGGUCCACUGUAAGAAGCAGAGUUGAACUCUGGGAAGCAGCUGUUCCCUGGUGAGAGAAAACUAACUGAUCUCAGAUUGAGCUUCAAAGCAAAAGCCACUGUUGGUGUAACUGAGUGAGAUGUAGGCCACAGAAGCAGCUGCUGCCUCUGCACCCAGUCUUGUCUGUGCUCUGGCUCCCACCCAAUAUCUGCUGCUCUCAGAUUAGCAGCACCAACCUCUGCUUUUCUAACCAGUUUUUAACUAAGCUCUGCUGUGCCCACUUCACUUUCCUCAAUCUGUGCCACAUUCCCAUGCCUUUCAUACUGACUAAGAAGUUGGCAUCAAAGGGAACGCCACAGAUUUGAUCCUGCACAGAUCCCAUGUGCAGGAGACAACCUUCCCCACUGAACAGGCAGCUCUCUCCAUCCUCUAUAUUAAAUAAGGCUUUUUCCGAUUAAUAUUAAAGGCCACACAGAUGUAGUUCAGGCAAAGCAGGUCACUGCUGAGGUCAUUUGCUCCAGUAUAUUUCUGGCCUCUUUUCCUGCACCGCUCUCCUCCAGCUCAGGACACAGUAUGGAGAUAUCUUUACAAUCUACAGCACCAGAACAAGGAAUGGGCCUUCCUCAGACUCCUUAUCCCAUGUGCCCUAAGAACAAAUGACAGCCUGUCCAACACUGCUGACUCGGUGUGAACUGCAACCCCUGUCAAAUUCUAAUACAAAAACAUCCUCAUUCAUCUUCUACUGAAACAAAGAAAUACCAAAUAUCAUCCCCAAAUACUAUGCAAGUUCAAAUUGAAAUAGAUGUCCAUGUAUCAACACAGCUACAGGGUGUUCCUACUGUAAUACUGGUCAGGGUUUCUACUGAUACAUUGUCAGAUAAGCAGUUUUUUCUUAUUAAAUGAAGGAUAGUGCUUCAGCAUCUGACUGGCAAAGUCCAUACAGGAGUCCAUACCUGGCAUGUGCCUCAGAAUAAAUGCUAAAAGGAAAAAAUCUAACCCCUUGAUAUGACAUGGAAGCUCCUUAGGUGCUGUCCUCACAACAAUCCGACAUCUAGAGAUGUCAGAUUACAGUUGCAGCUACAAAGCAGUUAAUUGUUGCUGGUUUGCUAGUGAAGUCUGAGUCAGCAGGAUUAGUAAAACGGGAAAACAGAACACAAGGCAGUUUAAUAUGCCUUACAGCCUCCAUUCACAAGAAUCUUAAGCAUCUUACUAAAGUAGGGCAUGAAUUUUUUCUUUUAAAGGAACAUUAGCCCUUUGUUCCCAAUUUCCUUUAAUGCUGAGCAUUAAUGAAAACACAAGGAGGUUUUAUCUCCUAAAAGCAAGGCAGGAAUCCAAAAGGAUAAAGAGGCUGAGAGAUGAACCUUUAUGAAGCAAGCUAUUUCCACCUUCCUAAUCUCACUGGCUGCAUAUCAGCACCAAAACAAAGGUGGAGCCACAUUAAAGAGUGGUACCUUGGAGCUGCAGGAGGAAGUGAUAAGUAUCACAAUUGGCCCUCACACACAGCUUUACAUUACCCUGACACUGGAUGGGAGGAGGAUGAAAGAAGACACAGGCACACACACGUUACCUCUGUCCUUGGCAUAGCUCAGAGCAAAGGUUUAGCUGUGACCUGAAUGCUAGUCUGCAACUCCAAACCCUGCUGCCUUCAUGCCUUUAUGUGCCUAAUACUCACCCCCACCAGUAGUACUGGACACAGCAAGUGCCUUUGUCAAAACAUCAAUAUGAACUCUGGAGUGCCCUGAACAGCAGACAUAAAAAGUUUCUGUAGACUCUACCAUUUGCAUUAUUGUGACAAACAUCUGU